AAAGAUAGCAAAUACUACCCGUUUCAAUCGCAUCACCGAAAGCUGUACGGCGAAGUGGUGAGCUUGUGCGUCAACCAAGAGAUCAGGUCGGACUUUGGGCUGGAAGCAUACGCAGAGAUUGAAUACUGUCAUGAACCUAAUCGUACAGCUGAGCCACUCGAUACUUGGGAUGUAGUUUGUAUUUCCAUUAUCUGUCUGCUCGCAGGGAUGGCAGUUGUGGGUACGAUCCUUGACUAUCACCUGAAAAAGAAAUCUAUGGCUCACGGACCAAUCGGGCUCCGCAUCGCUACAAUAUGGUCUAUUUCGCGAAACUUUCAAUCCUUGAAUACCCCUCCAAGAUCCGCACAGAGCAAGGACUUUCUGUUUUUGGAGGGCUUUCGAUUCGUAACGAUGGCCUCGAUUAUCCUGUUGCACACCAGCAUGGAGCUGGUUCGAGUACCGCUGCAAAACCCGGAAAUUGUCGAAGAAACGGUUUCGAAUCCGGUUAUGGCAGCCAUUGCCCUGCUGACGCCCAAUUUGGUGCAAUGGUUCUUCACCAUCGGUGGGCUUCUGCUGACCGUGAACCUUCUGGACCUGCUCGACAAAGAUCCCAAAUGCGAUGGGCGCUGGUGGAACGUGCUGUGGGACAAGGUGAUCAACCGAUUGAAGCGGAUUCUUCCGGUGUACCUGUUAGUGAUGCUGGUGACAGCUACCUUGUACCGCCGGAUUCAGCUAGGACCACUGCACGAAAGGAUUGUGGGCUCAGAAUCGAAGAAUUGUCGAACAAGUUGGUGGAGCAAUCUGUUAUUUGUGAACAACUACAUCAACGCGAAUGAAACUUGUCUUCGAGCCAGCUGGUAUUUGAGCGCAGAUUUCCAGUUCUAUCUGUUCGGUUUGUUUGCCCUUCUGACGAUGCAUCGAUUUCCAAAAACCGUCAAGUACUGGAUCGGCUUCAUGGUGACGCUGAACUUGGCUGGACCAAGCCUUGAGAUGUGGUUCAGAGAGCUACCCCCACUGUUUACCAGUGCCAUCAGGAUAUCAACACCGUUGUUCAUUGAGGAUGAAUGGUUGGAGCGUAUGUACAAACCGUUUCAUACUAGCAGCGCCGGCUAUUUCUACGGAAUAAUGGCAGGACUACUGUAUCAACGUUACAAAUCCUCUGAAAAUCGCAUGUUGUUCAAAAAGGUCUUGUCAGCAGUCAAACUGCUGGCUAUGUGCUGCCUAGCUGCCUGUUACCUACCGGCACUGUUCAUCUACGAAGGCAAGAUGGACCCUCUAUCCCGGAUGAUGCCAACAUACGGUGCUCUGGUCAAAAACUGCUUCGGCUUUACGGUAGCAGCUUUGCUGAUCAAUAUGGCACUUAACAAAAAAGAUCGACUGAGACAACUAAUGCAGCACCGGUACCUGUUACCCCUGGGAAAGCUAACCUACUGCGUAUACCACAACAACGUUCUGCUUCUGGCGGCAGCAUCCAGUGCUAUUCAAUCGCCUGUUAUCGUCGGUGUUCCCAGGCUGAUUUUGUGCACGGCAAUCACGUUGGUGCUGUCGUACGGACUGGGGUUGGUGAUGUUCUUGCUGAUUGAACAGCCGGUGGCCAAUCUGCUGGCGAGCAAACCGGCCAGUAAAAAGCGUAUUUGAGGUUAGUAGAUUGAAAAUGGUUUUGCUAAAUAAA